AGGGGCGGGGCGCGGCCGCCCUUCGAGCCGGCUCUGGGCGUUUGUCCGUUUCGGCGCCGGCGGUCGGGCGGCGGUGACAGUUCCAAAAUGAGCGAGGCGGCGGGGCUCCGGCAGCGCCGGCCCCCGCGGCCGCCCGUCGUCACGGACGACAGCCAGACCCCUGAGGCCCCGGACGGCAGCUCCUUUAGCGGCAGAGUUUUCCGAGUGACCUUUCUGAUGCUGGCUGUUUCCUUCACUGUUCCCCUGCUGGGAGCCAUGAUGCUGCUGGAUUCCCCCAUAGACCCACAGCCUCUCAGCUUCAAAGAACCCCCUCUCUUGCAUGGUGUUCUGCAACCAAAUACGAAGUUACGACAGGCGGAAAGACUAUUUGAAAAUCAACUUAUUGGGCCAGAGUCCAUAACAAAUAUUGGGGAUGUAAUGUUUACUGGUACCGCAGAUGGCCGGAUCAUAAAAAUUGAAAACGGGGAAAUAGAAACCAUCGCCCGGUUUGGGUCGGGCCCAUGCAAAACCCGAGACGACGAGCCUACUUGUGGAAGACCCCUGGGCAUCCGGGUGGGGCCCAACGGGACCCUUUUUGUGGCUGAUGCAUACAAGGGACUAUUUGAAGUAAAUCCCUGGACACGUGAAGUGAAAUUGCUGCUGUCCUCUGACAUACCUAUCGAGGGGCGGAAAAUGUCCUUUGUGAACGACCUUACAAUAACUCGUGAUGGGAAGAAGAUUUAUUUUACGGAUUCCAGCAGCAAAUGGCAAAGACGAGAUUUUCUGCUUUUGAUUAUGGAGGCAACGGAUGAUGGGCGCCUGCUGGAGUACGAUACUGAGACCAAAGAAGUAAAGGUGUUACUGGACCAUCUUCGGUUCCCUAACGGAGUGCAGCUUUCUCCCGAAGAAGACUUCGUCCUGGUGGCAGAGACGACCAUGGCCAGGAUAAGGAGAGUCUACGUGUCUGGCCUGACGAAGGGCGGGGUCGACCUGUUCGUGGAGAACCUGCCUGGAUUCCCAGACAACAUCCGGCCCAGCAGCUCCGGGGGUUACUGGGUCGGCAUGUCGACCAUUCGCGCCAACCCUGGGUUCUCAAUGUUGGAUUUCUUAUCCGAGAGGCCUUAUAUUAAAAGAAUGAUUUUUAAGCUGUUCAGUCAGGAGACGGUGAUGAAGUUUGUGCCGCGGUAUAGCCUCGCCCUGGAACUCAGCAGCAGUGGCGCCUUCAAGAGGAGCCUGCACGAUCCUGACGGGCAGGUGGCCACCUACAUCAGCGAAGCGCACGAGCAUGACGGGCACCUCUACCUGGGCUCCUUCCGGUCCCCCUUCAUCUGCAGACUCAGCCUUCAGUCUCUUUAGCCACCCGAGGGCAGCCCUGAUCGUGGCUGUGUCAGGAGUUGGCACAUGGCACCGCCUGGUCCAGGAGGCACCAUGGACACAGCCCUUUUCACCUGUAGCACUGUUCCUUGGAAGUGUGGUGUGACCCUGGGGAUGUAUGUAGGACAGACUCACCUGGGUUUGACUUAGAGGGAAGCAUAGCAUAUGCCAUUGGAAGGUAAGUUCACGUAGAGCCAUUUUCUCUAAAAGAAUUCUAAGUACAGCAAUUCUCUAGGACUUGGGGGGCAUCAUGCACUUUUAGCAGACCUCAGGGUUUUGAUGGCUAGAGCAGUAGAUGAGUUGUCCAGGCACUUGUUUUAGCUACUGGCUCUGUCCUGCCAGCCUCAGUAUCUUCAUUAUAAAACAGGGUAAUGCCUGCUUAUGGGGAGGAGCAAAGGAAGGGCAAGGAGUGCUCAGUGCAAAAAGUGCCUGUGCGAGCACUGACCUCAGCACGGCUUCUCAGAGCUGUGGGGGGCCCGCCCUUGCGCUGCCCCCCCCUCCCCCCACUGGCCUUUUCCUCCCAUUGCUUCCACCCCUAGCCUCUGGCUCAUAACAGGGUUUAAAAAAAACUCCCAUCAUAUAAAGGCAGGGACCUAAGUAAGUGCAUAGGAGAAACAUGUUGUUUUCAAAAGCUCCACGAGGAAUACCUGGGUCAGCCUCUGAACAACCUACCACACAAAUGAAUGGCCCAGCAGCGGGUGAGUUUAGGGCAGACCUAUUUACAUCUUUGUUCCUCACCUCUAGUCCCACAGGUGUGAAUAGUACAGGUGUUAAUGUCAUAUUUGCUUCAGUGUCAAAAGCCCACAAGUUGCUGUAUGUCUACACACUGGUCAUAUUUUGUCAAGGAGACCUCUGUAGUGACGAUAAUUAAAUAAAGUUUUAUGUUGAUUAGCCAUUUGUGAUGGUGUCACCUAGGAGUUUCUUCUCUACUUUAAAUAUAAUUAUCAGUGACUGGAAUCUGACUCCAUCCUGUGUGAUGUGAGGAUUGUGUUGGCUUGGAUCUUGUUUAGGGUCAAGCAGUUCCUCUGGGUUGCUCAGGACCUCUUAGGGGCAGCAUCGGCCUUUAUUCUUGGGUAAGUUGAUAGUACACUGCUCCUUAUUUUCCAACCGACAAAUCUGUUUCUGGAGAAAUGUCCUGAAGGACAGGGCUUCUGGGAUAGUUUUUAAGAACUUGACUAGACAGUAUUUUAAAUACGUAAUGAUACAAUUCAAAGGAGAUCGAGAGCUGUGGUAAAAUCUGAACCUUUGUGUCUUGUCACACUGGCUGGCCUCCAACCCCUCCCCUUCCUUUUCCAGUGCAGCCACCUCCACGCCAUGCCUUCAGUCCAGCCUGAUUUUGGGGGAAGGAAGUCUGGAGCCUAGCGGUGGACUCAUCUCAUGUCACCCUCCUCCGGCUGGCCUUCUGUGCAGCAACUGUAGAACCAAGCCAAAAACUGGCUUUAGACUA